AUGUCGCAAUUGAAGAACAGGAAAUCAAAAGGGUCACAAAAGUCACAAAUCGAUUCAUCAUCUCAAUUGGACCCAUUGAAUCAAAACAAAUUAAAUGAUGAUUCAGAAUUUGAUAAGAAAUCAUCAAAAUACAAAAGAAAUUUUUCAUUAUGGAACAUAUGGGUAGCUGCUACAAUUCUAAAGGUCUUAUUAUUUGAUACUUAUCAUUCAACAGAUUUCGAUGUUCAUAGAAACUGGCUGGCAAUAACAAAUAAAUUACCAAUACGUGAAUGGUAUUUAGAGAAAACAAGUCAAUGGACAUUAGAUUAUCCACCAUUCUUUGCCUAUUUUGAAUGGUUCUUAUCACAAUUUGUGCCAUCAAUUGUUCAACAAGAUGGAUGCUUAGACAUCGUUCCAAAAGGUGUAUAUGGUUGGCCAACAGUUGUUUUCCAAAGAAGUACAGUUAUAGUAUCAGAAAUUUUAUUAUUUGCAAUCUUACAAACUUUUAUAAAUAUAAGUGAUGAUAAAAUUUCAAGCUUUAUAAUUGCAAGCUCAUUGGUCUUAUCGCCUGGUUUAUUGAUUGUUGAUCAUAUUCAUUUCCAAUAUAAUGGGAUGAUGUUUGGUUUAUUAGUUGGUGUUAUUGUUGCUGCUAGACAUGAAAAAUAUUACUUAUUAGGUGCAUUGUUUGCAAGUUUAUUAUGUUUCAAGCAUAUUUUCUUAUAUGUGGCACCUGCUGUAUUUGUAUAUUUGUUAAGAAACGUUGUUUUAGAUGUUAGUCAAAAAUCAAUUAUAAAAUUCAUCAAAUGGGAUAAAUUGAUCAAAUUAGGUUCAAUUGUUAUCAUUAUAUUCACUUUAGCAUUUGCACCAUUUGCUUAUUAUCAAGUUUUACCUCAACUAUUUGAAAGAUUAUUCCCAUUUUCAAGAGGUUUAACACAUGCCUAUUGGGCUCCAAAUGUUUGGGCAAUUUAUUCAUUCUUAGAUAAAGUUUUGAUUGUCAUUUCUAAAAGACCAUAUUUUAACAAUAUUUUAACUAAAACAAUUGGAAUUCCAUCAAUUGAUAUCAUCAAUGAAAAGAUCUUAGCUGCAGGUAAUACAGGUACAAAAGGUUUAGUUCAAGAUGUUUCAUUCAUUAUUUUACCAAAUAUAACACCAAAAGUUACCUUCUUGUUAACAUUAUUCUAUGAUAUUUUAUCACUUUUACCAUUAUUAUUACAACCAAAUUUCAAGAGAUUUGUUGGAGCUUUGACAUUAAAUGCAUAUGCAUCAUUUUUAUUUGGAUGGCAUGUUCAUGAAAAGGCGAUAAUGUUAAUAAUUAUACCUUUCACAUUUUUGAUUAAUGAAAGAAGAUUAUUAAACUCAUUUUUAAUUAUAGCAGGUUCAGGAUAUGUUAGUUUAUUCCCAUUAUUACCAAAUCAAAAUUUAAUCAAACAAUUUUAUACAUUAAUUUGGUUCAUUAUUUAUUCAUUAUCAUUUAUGGAAGUAUCUAAACAGAAAACAUCACAAAAUAGAAUUUUCUUAUUUGAUAGAAUUUCAUUAGUCUAUUUAUCAAGUUUAAUACCCAUGGUAUUAAUGGUAUUUUUUAUUGAUCAAUUCAAAUCACAAAUCCCAAUACUAUCAAAAUUCGAAUUUGUUGGAUUAAUGAUAUAUAGUGUUUAUUGUGGUAUUGGUGUUAUUUCAAGUUGGUUUGGAUUAAGUUGGUUGUACUUCUUUGAAGACUCAAUUUGGGAAGAAUAA